AUGCAUUCUGACCGACCACGAUCCCCACCGCAGGCCGAUCUCACGAAUGAGAGAGACGAGAGUGACUCGAGACGAGGCCAAAAGCGAGAGAAAACCCCCCACCGACUUAGUGGCUCCACCGACAACCUCGACGCGAUCCCCCGACCUUUGAUCUGCAAACGGCGGCAUGUGAAAUGCGACGAGGCAAGUCAACGCGCCUGCGUCUACGGUGACACAGACUCAGGGGUUGGAAGCAAUCUUUCGAUCGAUGCUGCUGCCGCAACGCCGUCAACGCCUCGAGAGGACCCCCCAAGGACCACACCGCAGCUUCAGGUCCAUGAGCCCCUACAGAUCCUGGUGGAUGCCUGCCAGCAGGAACGGCCUGUGUCGCAUGAACGUCCCCUCGGUCGCUCGUCGCUUGCGCCCGAUUCAACAGCUCCCAAUCACGAAAAUGUUCCCUCGCCGGCCACCGAGUCAACGGUCUCCAACCGCACGGGUGCCCCGAGAAGCUGGUUCGAAUUGUUGGCAACCGAUGCUGUCAAUGCAGAUGAGAACUUUUAUCUUUCACCCCAAUUGCGGACCCCGUCGACCCCAGCGCUCUCCUCGUCGCCGUUGUUCCCGGACCUUAAUCCCGGCUUUAAUCCUCGCACACUCCGGCAACGUGAGAGCUUCAAGGCGGCUUCGUUCGGAACCGAUCCGGAGAUUCAAAGGAGCUUGAUGCCAACACAACCCGGUGAUGUACCGAACAUGGUGGCAGAUGAUCCUUCGUGCUGGACGACGCCAUCUCCGAUACAAUUAUCACCCAAAGAGUACCGGAUAUUCAACCACUUUGUCAAAACCCUCAGCUCGUGGCUCGACUUCUUCGACCCAACUCUACAGUUCUCCACGGUUGUUCCACACCUCGCACUGCGAAAUACCGGCUUACUGAAGGCGCUUCUGGCCCUCUCCGCCCGGCAUCUCUCACUGUGGAAUGCCAACUACCCUUCCAGUAUGCCGCGAGACACUGGCUCGUCGACCAGCGACGUCAAGGAGGCCUGGAACCUUUCUGAAAUUGACCGCAAUCUAGCAGUCCAGUAUUACUACGAAACCCUUACCUAUUUAAACAAGGCCAUGAAGUACUCCAGCUACGCGUCGAGCCCCGAGCUCAUCUCUACUGCCCUGCUCAUCAGCACGUAUGAAAUGGUAGACGGCUCCAACCGAGACUGGGAGCGACAUUUAAAAGGAGUCUUCUGGAUCCAACGAUACCAGAACAACAACGGCGAGUGCGGCGGUAUUCGACAAGCAGUCUGGUGGGCCUGGUUGCGACAGGACGCCUGGGUGGCCAUGCGAGAACGCCGUCGUGUCUUCACCUUCUGGAAGCCAAAAAAGCAUUUUUCGAUAUUAACGCCUGCGGAGAUGGCUUGUCACUCGCAUUACCUUCUCGCGCAAUCAAUCAAUUACGCGUCGAAGGAAGAGUCCGAGUCGAAGGAUCUGCAACAACGGCUGGAGCGAGGCAGCGAGUUGCUCUGCAUGCUGCAGGAAUGGCUCGAUUAUCUCCCCAAUGAAUUCCGACCGCUGCCGACCGCACCUAGUGACAAGCUCUUUCCUCCUAUUUGGGUGCACCCCCCAUCAUAUGGGGCCGCACUGCAAUUGCAUAGUUUGGCGCGUAUUCUUGUCCUGCUGCAUCGCCCGUCGGUAGGGGGGCUACACGAUUAUCGUGCGGGUCAGCGCCUUUUGACGGCCUCAGUCAGUACGAUCUGCGGCAUCGCGCAGACGGUAGAUGAAGAUAAUAAUGCGGCCUGUCUGGUGUCGCUUAAUUCUUUAUACGGAGCUGGAAUGUGCGUCCACACGCCUCACGAGCGAACAAUUUUGCUCGACCUGAUGGACAUGUUCCAGCAGAGGGUCCGGUGGCCUAGCAAUUCCCUUCGGCGAGAUCUGGAGCUGGACUUUCAGAAGGACGACCUGCCGGGGCCUAUUGAUAACAGAUAA